UCAAUAUAAACAAAUCAUCAAAAUCGCCCUUCGUUCGCCACCGAUUUCGCCGCUUUGUUUACUUCUUUUCGCCCUGGCAGACAAUUCAACAGUGCCUUCAGUACAAGAGGCUACUGGAGAGGCAGAAACAAAGUCUUCUAAUGAAGCAGUCUCAGAUACGUCACAGCGAGUAGAAAAAACUCGUGGGACAAAUGUUUCUAAAGCAAUAGCAGAUGACAUUAUGUUAUUAGAAAUGGAGAGAUGUGGACUUGCUAACCUGCACAACUACUAUGAGUGCAAACAAAAAAGCUGCAAAGAUUUCUCAGAAGAAGAAGAGGCCAGGCAGAAGAAGCUGAAGAAGAGACGAUUUCAUCACAGCUGGGUUGAAGAAAGAGAACUAGCCUAUGAUAACACCACAGGCAUUUGGUGGCUUCUUUUCUCAGAAAACCAAGGCAUGUUUUGUUUUCUUUUCUGCAAACAUAAAACUUUGAACACUCAAAACAAUGCUGCAGUAUUCAGCACUACACCCAGCACAAGAUACAGGAAAGAGGCCAUCAGAGAACAUUCUUUAACCAAAAUGCAUGAAGCUGCUGUGGAAGCUGAAAUGAAUCAGAGGGUGUCAAUGUUUCAUCAACAGUAUGAAGAAAAG